AGCAGUAUUGCAAUUGGCAACGAGUCAAGCACGAGCGAGAGAAGUGAUCAAAAAAUGGCAUCCGUGCCGACGUCGCACAAUGAGGUUUCCCAGGAAUUUUCUGUCAACAAACUCAUCCGUGUCGGUUAUUACGAAUUGGAAAAAACUAUUGGUAAAGGAAAUUUUGCCGUAGUUAAAAUGGCCACUCACGUCGUAACAAAAUCCAAGAUCAUUUGUAAAUAGCUCCUAUAGAGCCCAGUCAAAUUAAGAUUUUUGGAUGAAAAAAUUGCCGGCAAGCUGGAAAUUGGUAUACAGGUUCAUUUUAAUGUUUUUUUAAACAUACUAAAAGUCCCUAUACAUAGAGCGUGAGCCGGCUGCGCCAUCU